UCCCUGUGGCCCCGCGCGGGAGGCGGGGGCGCGCGCACGCUCGUUCGCGCGGCCGGCUGCGUACAGUAGUGACGGCCGCGCGGGAGCGGUCACAUGACCGUAGCGGCUGCCUGUACAGUAAGGACCCAAUAUGGCAGCGGCGGUAGCAGUGGUAACGGCAGCAGGAGGACCGGCCGCCCCAUAGACCGCCCCCAGCGCACCACCCCCGCCGCUUCCUCUGCUCCGGUGCUCCUCCGGCCUGACUUCCCCUUUCUCCCACCUUUCCCGGCACCGCGGGAAAAACAGCGCAGGGCAGAGCAGGCAGGGAGGGCGGCCGGAGCCCGGACACGGGAGCCUCCCAGUCAGUUCAAGACCCGACAUGAGGGAAAAGGGCCGUAGGAAGAAGGGCAGGACCUGGGCGGAGGCCGCCAAGACGGUCUUAGAAAAAUAUCCCAAUACACCCAUGAGUCAUAAAGAAAUUCUUCAAGUUAUCCAGAGAGAAGGACUAAAAGAAAUCAGAAGUGGAACUUCCCCUCUUGCAUGCCUGAAUGCCAUGCUGCACACAAACUCCCGAGGUGAAGAAGGCAUCUUCUAUAAGGUUCCAGGUAGAAUGGGAGUAUAUACUUUGAAGAAAGAUGUGCCGGAUGGGGUGAAAGAGCUUUCAGAAGGUUCAGAAGAAAGCAGUGAUGGUCAGUCAGAUUCCCAGAGUUCUGAGAACAGCAGCAGCAGCAGUGAUGGUGGCAGCAACAAGGAGGGAAAAAAGAGCAGGUGGAAAAGGAAAGUAUCAUCUAGGCUGUCACAGCCAUCUUCUCCUCAUUCGGGCUGCCCAUCUCCUACCAUUCCAGCAGGUAAAGUCAUUUCUUCAUCACAGAAGCACAGCAAGAAGGCACUAAAGCAGGCACUAAAACAGCAACAACAGAAGAAACAGCAGCAGCAGCAAUGCAGGCCAAGCAUGUCCAUCUCCUCCAACCAGCACCUGUCUCUGAAGACUGUCAAAGCAUCCAGUGACCCUGUACCUGCCAAACCUGCAAUAUGGGAAGGAAAGCAAUCUGACGGACAGUCAAGCAGCCCUCAGAACUCAAACUCUAGCUUUUCUUCUUCUUCGGUUAAAGUGGAAAAUCAUCUGCUGGGCCUGGGGAAGAAGUCAUUCCAGAGGUCUGACAGGCUCCACACAAGGCAAAUGAAGAGAACUAAAUGUGCUGAGAUUGAUGUUGAGACGCCAGAUUCCAUUCUGGUUAAUACAAACCUACGAGCGCUAAUCAACAAACACACCUUUUCAGUCCUUCCUGGAGACUGCCAACAGCGACUGCUUUUACUACUUCCAGAGGUGGAUCGACAGGUUGGUCCAGAUGGUCUGAUGAAGUUAAAUGGCUCAGCCCUUAAUAAUGAGUUCUUCACUUCAGCAGCCCAAGGCUGGAAGGAAAGACUUUCAGAAGGUGAGUUUACACCGGAGAUGCAGGUGAGAAUUCGACAAGAGAUUGAGAAGGAGAAAAAAGUAGAGCCAUGGAAAGAACAAUUCUUUGAAAGCUACUAUGGUCAGAGUUCUGGCCUGAGUCUUGAAGAUUCAAAGAAAUUGACAGCUUCACCCAAUGAUCCCAAAGUAAAGAAAACCCCAGCUGAGCAACCAAAAUCUACGCUUCCUUCAGAGGCCUCACCUGUCAGUAUAGUCCCAGUAAUUCCUCAGUUAGAAUCUAAAGAAGAAGUACUGCAGAUGCCAUCACCAGUCAGAAAAGAAGAGCAUGAAAGCCAAGAUAAGACGCAGCCACACUCCACAGAGCCCCUUCUUUCCCCGGCUACCAAUACAAAUGAGCUUAGCAGCAUUCCUCCCAUCAAGUGCCCUAAGGAUGAGGCUCUUGUGGAGCAAAAGCCAGUUGCCUCUGCUGAACAGGAAUCUGAGAAAGAGAAUCAUCUCACUACACCUUCAAAUUAUAAUAAAAAUGAAAGCCAGGAAGCUUUAGUUACUUCCCUGAGCAAACCCAAGAGUCCUGGGGUAGAAACAACAGUAAUGAAGCCCACAAUAGAAGCAGGUCCACAGGAGACAACUAUGAAAGAGCCUCCAUCAACUCUGGCUGAUCACAGCCCAGAAAGCCUCAAGAGGAAAUCUUCUCUCACCCAAGAAGAGGCCCCGACAAGCUGGGAGAAAAGGCCGCGUGUCACUGAGCAUCGCCAGCACCAGCAGCCAUUUCAGGUCUCCCCACAGCCCUUUCUCAGUAGAGGGGACAGGUUCCAGGUGCGGAGAGUACCACCCCUCAAGAUCCCGGUCUCCAGAAUCUCUCCCAUGCCGUUUCCUACAUCGCAGGUCUCUCCCAGGGCUCGUUUUCCAAUCUCCAUCACUAGUCCUAACAGAACAGGAGCCAGAACCCUUGCAGACAUCAAAGCAAAAGCCCAGCUUGUCAAAGCACAGAGGGCAGCCGCCGCCGCUGCAGCCGCAGCCGCUGCUGCCGCCUCAGUUGGAGGGACCAUUCCAGGACCUGGCCCAGGCGGUGGACAGGGUCCAGGGGAGGGGGGUGAAAGGAGAACUGCUAGAGGAGGGGAUCCUGACUCAGACAGAGUCAGUGAGCCUGGCAAGGGCCCCGCACUGGAACUGGCAGGAACUGGAAGCAGGGGAGGUCCGAGAGAGCUUUUACCCGCUGGGCCAGACACUCACCCCCAGUCUGAGACCAGGACCGCAGGCCAGCCACAGCCUCAUAGUGGCCCUGGAGCACAACUACAGCAAACCCCCUCAGUGCCUCCCGCAUCUGCCGUCGGUGGAGCAUGUGCCGGUGUCCCCUCACCAGCCCACAUUCAUGCACUCCCGCCAGCUUUAGGAAAAUUAAGUAAUGAAAAACUAAAUCCCCCCAGGGCAACAGGCACGGUGGCCUCUCUUAGUCAGCCCCAAGCGCCCAGUAACAGUAGGCAGGAGAAAGCACCUCCAGCUCCAGCAGAUCCUGCUCUGAUCACGGGUGCCUCGCCUGUUCAUUUUGCAGCCGCUGGCGCAGUGGAGCCUAAAGCAGGUUCUAGUAAGAAUGCCCCAAAUCCUCCGGCCUCAGCAGAGAUACGUGCUAGCGUUUCAGUGGAUACAACUGCCUCCCCUUUAACAUCUCUGUUAACAACAGCCACUUUAGAGAAGCUCCCUGUGCCCCAGGUCAGCGUAACCACAGCGCCUACCGCAUCAGCUCCAUCCUUGAGCACUUUGCCGGCAGCUUCUAGCCUUAAAACUCCGGGAACUUCUUCACAUAUGAAUGGACCCAUUUCAAGGCCAAGCUCUAAUAUCCCUGCUAAUAAUCCUUUGGUAACUCAGCUGCUGCAGGGCAAAGAUGUUCCCAUGGAGCAAAUUCUGCCUAAACCUCUCACCAAAGUUGAAAUGAAAACUGUUCCACUCACUACAAAAGAGGAGAAGGGGGUAGGAGCACUCGUAGGUACCAGCGUGACAGAGAACAGCACCAGAGAGGAAGUUCACGAGAGACCAUCCCAUCCAGCUGCACAGCACCUGGGUAAAACUUUGCAAAGUAAGCAGCUCCCCCAGGUUCCAAGACCCCUGCAGCUCUUUUCAGGUAAGGAUCUAAGGGACUCUGGCAUUGACACACACCAGUACCAAGAAGGACUCAGUAAGGCCACCCAAGAUCAGAUUCUUCAGACUCUCAGCCAGAGGGUUCGGAGGCAGAACAUUCUCUCAUUUGUGCAGCCCUCGCAGUUCAACUUUACUCACUCAGGUUUCCCGUUAGAGGACAUUUCCACAAGCCAGAGGUUCAUGCUGGGUUUUGCUGGCAGAAGGACAUCCAAGCCUGCGAUGGCAGGUCACUACUUACUUAAUAUUUCCACCUAUGGCCGGGGUUCAGAGAGCUUUAGGAGGACCCAUUCUUUGAACCCCGAAGACCGAUUUUGUCUGAGUAGCCCCACUGAGGCCUUGAAAAUGGGAUACACAGACUGUAAGAAUGCAGCAGGAGAUAGUAGCAGCGGGAAGGAAGAUGAUACUGACGAGGAAAGUACUGGUGAUGAGCAAGAAUCUGUCCUGGUGAAGGAGGAGCCACAGGCUUCUCAGAGUUCUGGCAAGUGUGAUGCGAGUUCAGGACCCCACAGUAGAGAAACCCUGUCCACCAGUGACUGUUCAGCUAAAAAGAAUGUGAAGGCAGAGACACCAGUGCCUGAGCAAACCCCUUUAAGUAAGGAGAAUUACCUGUUCACUCGAGGCCAAACCUUUGACGAGAAGACCCUAGCCAGAGAUUUUAUUCAGGCAGCGCAGAAGCAGAUGGCUCAUGCAGUGAGAGGUAAGACCAUGCGGAGCAGCCCAGAGCUUUUCAAUUCUACAUCUCUUCCUCUGCCUGCAGACAGUCCUACCCAUCAGUCUCUCCUCCUCCCACCACUGCAAACCCCAAAGCUGUACGGGAGCCCCACACAGAUCGGGCCAAGCUACAGAGGCAUGAUCAACGUCUCCACCUCAUCGGACAUGGACCAUAACUCCUCUGUCCCAGGGAUGCCCGACUGUAGUCAGGUGUCUAGCAAUGUUGGUGAUGUCAUGUCCUUUUCAGUGACUGUCACAGCCAUCCCUGCCAGCCAGGCCAUGAAUGCAGGCAGCCAUGGCCAGACCAUUCCUGUUCAGGCCUUUCCUGAGGAGAGCAGCAUAGAGGACACGCCUUCCAAGUGUUACUGCCGGUUGAAAGCCAUGAUCAUGUGCAAGGGCUGUGGAGCCUUCUGCCACGACGACUGCAUCGGCCCCUCCAAACUCUGUGUCUCCUGCCUUGUUGUUCGGUAAUGAGAUCAGAAGGAGAGCUCUCUGUAAAGGAGACAAGAAUGGGGAAGGGUUGACAGAUGUGGUUUUUGCGUUCUUUUGGAAUCAUAGAAAUAAACAAGUAGGUUUCAGUUUCAGUUGUCUUAAGAGACAAGUGUUACUUAAUCAGGAACACAGAGUACAGAUCUUACAUUUUAGAGAAAGAGCACCUUGUAUAGUAAGUCCAAGUCAAGCAAGACUUUGUGAAUUUGUGACAAGUUUGCACUUACAAAAUCAUGUAAAUAUGUCACAUCUCGUCGUAACGUUUUCCAGGUGUUUAGGUAAUGAUGUAUUACUUUGACUUCAGAUUGCGGUUCCCCUUCAUGUGACUGAAAAGUGUAAUGGCAAAAGGCAGCAAUUUCCCUUCUGCCCUUUCCUAAGAGGCCAGGGAAAGGAAGGAGGGCAGGAAUGGUCUGAGGAAAUGGCUGUUCAUGUUGAUUAUGUCUUGACAGUCUGACCGCAGGCUUUACAUAGAUUCUUCAGCCUUUGCAGAAUUUAGAUUGAGGGUUUACUCAGUCCCUUUACCUGGGUGGAACCUGCUCCAGUUCUUAUUUUUGGUAAGGCAUUAAUUUCAUGGGUAGUGUUUCUGACUCUGAAAGUUCUGCGUUGGUUCUUGGUUUCCACAGGCUAGUCCUGUUGCCAGGCACUCUGCUUGUGGUUUGUGAAUCCCUGCCAUUCCCUACUCCCACUUCUUGCCCUGAAGAGAGUGUGAACUAUGAAAGAGUUGCCUCACUAGACCCCUCAGGUCACCAUCCCCUGUGCAGGGCAGUGAUUCCAGCAAUAAUCUCUGAAGAUUUGGUCAUUCAUGGGAGCUUACAAACAAGUUUGAAAUACUAGUAGAAAAUUAACAGAGAAGUGUCAGUGAUAGAGUGUUCUGUUGGGUAAGCAGAAUUAAGGUGCAGAAAUUGUUGAACUGAAUUUAAGGAACUUUAGAAGACAAUUUUAACACUAGAAACAAAGUAGCCCCUCUCCCUGUCUUCUCUCCAACUUGUUACCUAAUGUUCUACAGUCAGCUGUAUCUACAGGUAGAAAAACUCAUUAAACCAUAUCUGCCCCAUGUUAUAUCUGUUUUGACCUCCCAGGCAUUUGAGGAGCAUGGAAGUCAUCUUAAUUAUAUUACUUUGAGCAUAUAUGUGUGGCAUACACACUGUAAAAGUCAGACGCUUUUUCCUAUUUUAGAAAACAUGUCCCCUGCUUUGGAUUACCGCUGUCUACACAUUAAAGUUUCUAAUGUAAAGGGGCUUUACUGAAUGACUAAGGGAACAUCUAGAAAGGAAGACAAAUCAGCUCCAAAUUUUUGUUUGUUCUUUUUUUUUGUUUCCUUUUUGUUGAAUCCUGUCUCUCGUAACUGAAGGAUUGUGAAUACAUGUGUUUAGGUCAUGGUUAAAGAAGAUGAAAAUAAAUCUAUGAUUUACCAGAAUUUGGUAUUAAAAAGUUGGGGAUUGUCAGUGUGCAUCGUUUGCAUAUGGAUUUCAAAUCUCCUAAUUUCAUGUGUGUAGAGAACAUGUGUUAGUGCCACGUAGCACAAUCAUCGUCGUGCUUAAUAUUCAGGAUGUGAUAUAUACAAAAUGCAGAACAGUUUAAACUCCUUAAUUAAGUCACAUUCCAAAUAGGGGAAAGUAGACGGUAAUAAUCUUAGCUUUGUCCCCAUUGUACUACCCACCUCUCCCUACCUCACCUCAAAUUAUACAUACACUGUUAAUACUUUCAAACCCCACAAGAAACUAUUUACUUCUGUUUUUUGUUUGUUUCUGAUUUUUUAAUGGUCCAAAGCAAAUAGAGGAUUAAUAUCUGUGUUCUAUUUCAGCCAAGACAAUUUAAUGUUCUUCUAACUUCCCUUUUUCUUCCAGCACACACAUAGCUAACAGAUAAGAAAUCUGCAAGGAUCCUGGGAUAAGGAGCAAGUUCUCCAGCCAGUAACCAGUAGAAAUCAAAAACCAUGGUUCUGUUCUCAAAUUGUCAGUGCCCUGGGUAAUCCCAAGGAGUGUUUAAAAGACCUGUUGAUAGUUAAAACUCUCCAUUCCCAGCUUUCUCACUCCCCACUUUAGUGGCAGGGCUGAGGGAUGGCCGGCCUGCCUGCCUGCAGUGGUGACUGUUUCAGAACUGACCCUACGGUGAACUUGGAACGAUCAAUUUGGAUUUUCAAAAUGAUUUUUUUUCUUCACGCCUUUCCUAUCAUAGAGUCUCUCCUCCAUAGUUCUCUUCAUCAAAGGAUGGACAGACUAACCAGGAAAGGAGGAAAGGCAUCAGGGAUUUUCAGGUCCAUUUAGAGAGCAAACCAUAUCGUGCCUAUUCAUCUUAACCCAGGCCCUUGAAGAGAGGCCCUAAGCAGUACCAUUCACCAGAUUCUCUUUACAAAUAAUCCCCAGCUAAUAAAAUAGUAAUCAUCAGUUAAGUGCACUGCCUCAAUCUUGGCUAAAUGAGAAAAUAGAUCCUGUUAGAUUGGUACAGAAUUGAAGGCAGUCUGUUUAUCAGUUUGUUUCAAAACAGUGGUGUCACGUAGAAGGUCAUCUCACAAUGCUGACUGAGCUGAAAGGACAAAAAUUAGAAUCUGGCUCUUUCAAAAACGAAGCAGUAGGAGCAAGAAAACCUUUAAAUUACUAGAGUAUCAUAUCCCAGUACCUUUCAAGCAGUUUUUAAUCUUAGGUUUUCAGUUACUUUCAGUUCAGUCUGGAAUGUGUCUAAUAAGUGCUCAGCUUGUUUUUAUGGUAUUAAGUUGCACUGUUUCCAGUGACUAGUCAGGCAUGCUGCCUGAUGCUGAUGCCUCCAGGGUGUCUUUGCCUUCAGAUAACCUUCCACUGUGGGCGGGUCACCUUGGGGAGAUGGCAUUAAUGAUGUAUCUAUCAUCUCAGUCUCACUGAUGAAUAUUCUAAGUUGUCUAGUAGAGAAGGCUCCCUGAGUCUUUAAAUUUUUUAUUAAAAUUCUUCCUCCUAUUAAAAAGCCGAAUAACCUGAAGUUGUUUGCCCUACAUAAUAACUCAUGUUGAAGAUACUGAAGCUGUCUGUAGUACCCAGUGUAACAUUUUUUAAAAAUUAGACCUGGCAGAUGGGGAAUUUUUCUUGCGGCAGGGAGGGAUACUUAUAUGGGCUGGGAAGGCACACAGUGUACAUAUCACAAAUUUAAAUAAAUAGAAGAUCGUAUUGCCUUCCAGGUGAAGGCGUAAACUCAUUCAUAAUCGGAUAGCUUACCAUCCUGAUUUCUUACUGCCUUUCUUCACCUUAAAGUCCUGAAGGCCUCUUGGGUGAAAUUAUUUGUUAAAAUGAGGGGGUCUUCUCUGGUUAUGACAUCACUGUUUAGAGCUCUGUCAGUAAGCAGUACUAGGGUUUUCUCUGCGACCUAGGGAUUUCAAUUCACAGCAAGGAGAGAAGUCUCCCCAUUUCAUUACAACAAUAUGCUAAGUAAAAAAAAAAAAAAAAAAAACUUGGCCAAGGGUAGCUUUCAGCUCAAUUCAUAGAAUAGUCCAAAGAGACUCUGAGAAAUAUGGUAAUAAGCAGGGAUCUUUCCUACCGUGUUUCAAUACCUACAUAACCUAUUGAAAGAGAGCAAUAGGUAAAACAGUUCCUAAAGUUGAAGUAAGAGCUUCAUAGAUUCUUGGUUACUUUAUUUUUUUUAAUGCUUUACAUUUGAUACAACUAUUAAAGAUCAAUUUUAAAAAAUAGCUUUCCAGUAAUAUAUUUUAAGUAAUAUAUAUUUUAAUAUCUAUGUAAAAAGUGACAGUGGAAGACUUUGAAUUUCUCAUAUAAGGUAUGUUUAAUGUAGGACCUCACUGUUAAGGCACAAAUUAUUUCAAAGAAAGUUACUCAAAGACACUCAGAUUAUUUCCAAAAAAAAAAAAAAAAUGCAAUAAGGGGAAGUUUUGGAGUUUAUUUUUUAUUUUAAAAGAAUAUUGACUUAUUUACCACAAGCUAUUUUUUUUCCUUCUGGCUUAAAGGUUUGUAGAGACUGGUUUGGUAAAUGCUAAACUUUUGUGUCUUUUGCCUUUUUAAAGGAAUUGUUAACAUUGGAAUUGAGGGUAUGUACAGAGAAGUUGGUGUCAACACCAUUUAAAAACAUAUUUUUUCACAAGUAUAGAAAAAUCAUUUUACAUAAGAAUUUUAAGUAUUUGCAAUAAAUAUAUGUAUAUAGAUUGUAUGUAUUCAUAUAUUCUUAUUUUUCAUUUUAUUAUUAAGUAAAAGAUAAUUAAAGUGAAAAUGAACAACCGUGGAGUUUUUGAUGCAUCUUGAGGUCUGACAUACAUGUGAAAGUGGUGUGGGUGAGGGCCCUCAGUUGUUGCCUUAUACUACUAUUGGAAGAUUACCAACAGAUUGCACAGAAGAUAGUAAAAUGAGAAAUUUGUGAUAAAUCAGGGUAGUGUAUUUCUUUCAGAACUCUAGUUAAAAACAUUACGUUCUCCCAAUCUGUCUGUCUCUGUGCUUUCACCUUUAAAUUUGUUUUCUCUCCUAACCACCUCCUGCUGGGAAAGUGCAUUUUUUUAAUGUAGUCUGCUUCUAAGACAAAGAAUGAUAAGGAAAUACCUGUAAGGGGGGAAGUAGGUUUUUCUUUUUUCACAGAGGUUAAUUCAUUAACCUCUGCCACCACCUUCAGGCCAUAGGGUUUACAUGAAGAAAUAAUCUCGUGAAGAUAAUAGAAAUCAUUCUGUUUUCCUUCUUUGAGAAGUGAAUUUCAUAGCCGGUUUUAUGUUUUUUCCAAUUGAUCUGGAGAUAGAAGUGCUAAGAAAACUUGAAUGUUGCUCUUCCUAAUGCCAAGAAAUAUGUUUAUGGAAAUGAGGACCGAGCCAAAUGUUAGAGGAGAGGUUAACCACAUACCUAGAGGUAACCUGGAGUCCUGCUCUCCAGAAGUCAUUUUGAGAUUGUAAAUAUUUAGUUCUAGGAUAUGACUGAGGAGCAGAAGGAUACCUAGUCAGUCGUUGGAAAUAAAGAUAUAUAGCCCGUUCUUUAAAAAUGAAUAAUAUAUAGCUUUAUUGGUGACCUGAAAGGAAGUAAGGUCAGAGUUUGAAUAAUAUAUCUUAAUGACCUAUGAAACACUUAAUUGUAGUUUACUAGUUCUCCCCAUAAUUGCUGUGGUGAAAAAUUGCAAUUUUUGGAAAUUAGAAUACAUAAAUACUUAAAGGAGUAUGCCACUUUGGGUAUACUUAUCUUCCUGACCAGGGAUAAAGCGCAUGCUCCCUGCAUUCUGGGUGCAGAGUCUUAACCAGUGGACCAACAGGGAAGUCCCAAGAAUGUUUUCCUAAUAGCCUUAUUUUUUAAAAAUUGAAAACUCAUACAUAGGGUUGCCCAAACAUGUUGAAAAUAGACGCCUAAGAGAACAGCACUAAAUCUUUGCUGGAAAAACACUAUUUCUAAAGGAAAAAAAUCCUCAGGGAACAUGUGCCUCAUAAUUCCCAUAUUUGGUAGAUAAGAAUGAAAGUGAAAUAUUUCAAAGUGUGUGAACCAAUUCAUGAUAACCAUUUAUAAAAAUGUGCCAUGCCCCCCCCCCCAAUUUCUAAUGCAUACUUAGUGUUAUUCCUACCUACCUCACGGGAAGUAAAAUUCAUGUUCAGGUAGUGACAUAGGACCUCAAGGACUGGAGUUGAUUGAGAAAGCAAUACACCAGAACACAGCUUCAAAUUGGAUCCCCAGCUUUCCUUUAUUUACAUCACAGAGUCUUAGAAACCUGUGUUCAUUGCUUUUUAACACUAGUUGACCAAGAGUGGUCUCCACAAAUCAGAUUCCACAGUGUUUUCUAGUUGUUUCUGUACAUAAAUCAUGAUGUUCGAAUAUCUUUUGAACACCUAUGUGUGAAGCACUGUGCUAAAUAAGCAAAGGCAAAAGCAGUCAUGUAAACGGCUUUCCUAAAGGAGUGACCAUAUAGCAUGUGUCUAGUUCAGAGCUCAAGGAGUAGUAUAUGCUACUUCCCAAGAUACAUUGGUAAUUUAAUAAGAGUAAAUGAAAAAAAAAUGAACUAUGAAAUAGAGGUCGUUGAGGCACUGAGCAAAGCACAGUGGCAAAACAGGAAGAAAGAAAAGGGGCAUUGCCCCUGCAUGAAAAUUGAGUGUGGAAGUGAGCCAGGUUGAUAAAAUUUGUCACCUUUUGACCACUAUCAUUUGAAGAUCUAGAGAUUAAUAGAAAUUUCAAGAAAUCUCUUGGUAAGACCAAGGUUAAGAAAGUCAUUCUGUUCAGUAUGUCAGUAAAGAUACUUCAUCUCAUUUUCAGCUAACACUUUUUUAACAGUUUGGUGAAUAAAGCAGCUUUCCUGUCAAACUCAAAAUAAGCUAAAGGAAAUAAAAGAGCUUGAUUUCCAUCUUGUAAACAGGUGAGAAGGAGGUGUAUUCAUUUAAAACUUAAAAAGAUAUUUUCAUCCCCUUUCCCCUCCAUUAUGGAUAAAAUUAAUGUUCUUUUCAUUCUAAUAUUGUAGAGUUGACUUUUUCCACAGAACUUGAAUUAAAAGAGGCUUCAGCAGGACACUUGCCCUUAUAAAGUGGCCUAAAUCCUAAUUCUUUAUGACUUUCCAGUAGAAAGAUUUUAAAAGGAUAAAUUUAUUUUCUCAGUGCUUAUUUUUGAACUUUCUUUACCUGGAUUAUGGGUUUGCAGCUUGAAUUUCUGUAUUCCAAAAUAUCCAUGUUCACCUUUCAGUAAAAAAGGUAUUAAGUGUAUUCCACCAUGUAAUCCAGUCUCAAUUCUGUCCAGGAAGCAAGAGGGUGGAUACCCUAUGUUUUCCUUAUACGUAAUGACCUUAAACAGAAGACUAGGUUCCUUUUAUAAGGACUGUAUAAGCUAAGGAAUCUCUGUACCACUGUGUAUCUCUCAGUCUUAAUCUAAAAAGGGCAUGCCUACAAACAUUUGCUUGUCACAGAUUAAACUUGGAAGAGAGAGCUGAUCAGCUGUUGAGGUGGGCUGUGACUAGAUAACCGGCACUCAUGAAGAAUAACUGCAAAGUCAGCUUUUCUGGUUCUUCAAGCUCAAAAAAAACUGAAGGGAAAAUCCUGAUUUUCAUCUUGGCUGCAAAGCUUAGUGAGUGCCUAGGGAAAAAGAAAGAAAUCCAAGAUUGGAUUUAAGAUAGAUUAAAACUGAAAAUUAUUUUUAUCCUUUUACUGAAACUUUUUUUUUAAGGUUUUGGAUUCCUAUAAUAUAAUGAAUUGCCAUGAGUGGAACAUGGAAUUUGAUGUGAGGCAUUUUGUGGGCUAAGUGAUGGUUUUCUAUUGGACUAUAUUAUCUAGGGACAGCUUUUGCCACUGCUCAGCAUUUAAGGUUGUGCACCUGUGGCUAAGUGAUGCAGACAUUGGCUCAGACAAAUUCUAAACCAACUAGAGCACUUGGAUCCUCUUUGUAAAUAUUUAAUAUUCAGAUUAGCCCAAUAAGAAAGCAAUGCACUAAAUGCUAUUAAAAUACCUGGAGAUACUUUAGAACUAUUAUUAUAUGCACAGUCUAUGUCCUUCCUAUGGAAAGUGUGGUAUGUAAAAUCUUAUAUUUCUUGGGUCAAUUCUUUAAAAAAAAAAAAAAAACAGUGUCUAAUGUUUUCAGAGCUUAGAAACACUAGAGUUGGACUUGAACUCCAUGUCAGCCAUUGUUUUCAUUUUAGGUUUUCAGGCGUAGUGGUUUGAAAGGAACCCAGCUGAAUCCACAUGUAACCAUUUUGAACAAGCUUUAAAUUAAUGAAACUUACAGAGUCUCAAAACUGGUUUCCUGUUCCUUGUAUACAGAGACAGAAUCUGCACUGAAAAGGACCUGACAGUUUUACUCUGAUAAUAAUAUUGAAGAGCAAGUUUGUUAUUAGAAAGUUUGUUAUGAAAUUUUUAGAACCCAUGAAAGAUCUAGAGUACAUGAUAAAUGAAACUCUAGAAAUUAAAAACUUUUAACCAUAAGUGCUAUGACCUAUUUUUUUUAAACCCAUAUUAAUUCUGUGAUUCAUUACAUCAUACCCUAAGACUUUCACCAGCACCAAGAGAAAUCAGAAUGGAAGAAAUGACCUUAGUUGGUCUUACUUUAAAAUUUUUGUACACAUAGGCCUUAGCACUUUGACAGAUAAAGCUCUGCCUUUUAGCUCCUUCUCACUCUUGUCUUUAUUCUUCCUACUUUUAGACUGUUCCUCUUAUUGGUCGUAUAAAACUACCUUCAGGAUUGAAUGUAUAAUAAUGUUUCUGCACAUGGACAAACUGCAUUUUAUCUUAAUGACUCAUUUUGUGUUGAAUAAAGGCAUACCGUUUUA